AUGAUCCCAUCUUAUCCAAGAGUAGUUCUUGACUUCGAACCUUCCGAAUCUACCAAAAAACCGACGGAAGAUCCCGCAUUUGACAAAGGUCUCGACACUUGCAAAGGAAAAAGGGAUGUCGAUCAACCGAAUAAUGGUUCCAAGGAGAUCGUGAAACUGUCCUCGUCCCCGAAAAGAAAUUUCCACUUCGAAAUUACCAAUGACGCUCAAGAAUUCGUCGAAGUAUACCAGAAUCUCGUCUCUGAAACCGAACACGCUGUUCAGGAAGAAGCCGCAGAAAACUUAAACAACACUAAUGAAGAAAGACGAGUUUAUCGGAAUAUAAAAACAGCUUUAAAGAAGUUAAAGGAUGUCAUGAAAAUAGUGAAAAACUCGAUCAAAGAGGGUAUUCAAGUUUCGGUGAUUAUAAGGAAAGUCAUUUUCUUCCUCGAAAAAUUAGGAAUCAUAGGGAGAAUCAUGGCCUUUCUCGAAAAGUACACGAGGCCGAAAAUCAUCAAUGGUACUAAAUAUGAGAGUUUGAAAGAUUUCGCUGAUGAUGUAGGGGAGUUGGAAGAUUCCGUUGGAGAAUUAGAAAAUAGCCUUGACGAUACGAGAGAAUUAGAUCAAAUCGACUAUAAAAAAGAUUGCUUGUGGCAAGAAAGGGUAUGUCUUGCCCGCGGAAUCAUCAUGGCACCGAUUUUCAUUUACGAAAGGAAACAGAAGAAAAUCUUGUAUUAUAAAGCCAUCAGUGAAAAUCAUAUGCUAAUAGAAAAUCUUCUGGCCUUAUUCCAAAAAUUUUGGACUACAAAGUCAAGCUACGGCACAAUAGGAAUGACCCGCAAGAGCAUCAAUGUUGAAUCCCAAGAAAUUAUCGAGCAAAGGGAUCGCGACAAUCUCAAUGUGAUGGAAGAUCAAGAUAAAAUCGAGGAAAUCACUUGCCCACUUGAAAAAGACGAUUUAUAUAUCGAUGAGUUGGAAGAUUAUGAGAAAAUCGAAGAUACAUCUUGCCCGUUUGGAGAUGACGAAUUCGAAUUCGAUAUGACGGAGGAUCAUGAUAAAGUCGAAGAAACUUCUUGCCCAAUCGAAGAAGACGAUUUCUUUAACGCCGAAUCAGAGAGUAACCGAAAUAUGCGAGACCUGGGUGAAGAUUUCUUAAAAGCGAACUGUUUCAUUAAAUCCGAUUGUGACCAAGCGAUGAAGGGUUUACACGAUGGCAGCAAUUUCCUGAAAGUCGAUAACCAAAACCUACACGUUUCACCCCGAUCAUUUGAUAGGCCUCUGAGGUUAUCUAAGGAUUCCAAAAAAUCUCAUUAUGAGGGAAAAUACCAGGAAAUUUGGUCGAAAUUCGCUAAAAACAUCAAAGUCGAUGAUUUGGCAAAAACUGAUUAUUGGAUCCGAUAUUAUUUCGCCAAGAGGAAUGAUCCUUUUAGUGGAGAAAAAUGUUUACUCAAGGCUGCCGAAGAAGGUCACGCACAAUAUUGGUACGCUUAUCUCGCCAUCAAUAGUUAUAUGACGGAAACAGUGACCAAGUGGAAUUAUCAGGAAGCAAUGAUAAAUCAUUCCGGUAUCUGUAAACCCCAAGAGUUGCUAUCACCUCAAAUCGAAGAGAUUAGUGAUUCCGGUAUCAUUGCGACUCAGGAGGCACCAACACUUAAAACUCCGGCAGGUAAAAACGCUGCAACUCGGGAAUUAUCGGCACUUCCAAUUCCAACAGUCAAAAAUAUCGAAACUCGGGAUCUAUCAUCAGCGCGAACCGCAAGGGUUAAAAAUGCCGUGACUCAACCAUCUCGACUCCCAUUACCCAAAAGUAAAAAUAGACAAGCAAGUGAAUACGCUAAAACUAGGAGAUCGUUGUUGCCGUUACUUAAAAAAGAAGCCGGAACAGUGAUAAAUGUUCCAGCAUCAUCUCGGUCAUCUCAGAGUAAAACUCGACCAACAGUUAAAAGCACUGCGAUUCAAGGACCACCGUCACCAAUUCCAAAAAAGGAAACCGAAGCCCCGGAAAAUGUUCGGAUACCAUCUCCAGUGCUUGAAAGUAAGACUCAAAGAUUACUGCGACCUCAGAUUUUGGUGCCUAAAAACAAAUUUCAGAAAUCCAGAAUUCCAGUGUACACUUAUAGACAAAAGGUUAGUCGCGUAGAUUAG